GAUGCAGCUGCAGGUCCUUUAUUGUUCACUGCAGAGCUGCAGCAUCGUGUCUGUGUCUGUGUCUGUGGCACGAUUACUACAAGAAAAAUGCCAUCCACCCGCUCUAUGAAACUGGCAGCCCAGCCUCCAUCUACCAGGAUGAGUUUGAGGAGCUUCCGCAGCUCCCCGCUGGUUCCCAUGGAAACUUCCUCCUCGUCCUCCGACGACAGCUGCGAUAGCUUCGGCUCCGACGGAGGCUUUGCAAAUACGAGGAGCAGCUUAAGACAGACGAGGAGGAUGGCAGAGAAAGCGAAGAUGUUUGAGGCAACAUCAGAGGAGGAUACAUGCAGCGGGUUUGAGGAGACCGUGAUCAACCGUCAGAUGAAAGCUAUGAAAGUAGACUCUGAGCCUCCGAGACGUGGCCGCAGAUCCAACGUCCUGAAGGUCGCCAUGACAUUCCCCACCAAGAAGACGGGCAGGAAGAGGCCUGCGUCGGCACCACUCGCUCAAAAUAGAGUGCAGCACCCCGACUCUGAAGAGGAGGAGAACUUCAUGGACAAGAGAGCCCUGAAUAUUAAGGAGAACAAAGAAAUGCUCGCAAAGCUCAUGGCAGAGCUGAACAAAGUACCUGGUCUCUUCCCAAGGCGGAUGGCGAUGUCGGCGUCCACUACGCCUCGACAGGCACCCCGGAGGUCCAUGGGAACUCCAGGAGCUCGUAGGAGAAACCCGGAGCGCUUGUCCCGACCCCACACGCGGUCCCGCACGCUGGUGGACGGACCCCCCAGCCCAACUCCAGAGGAAGAGCCCGAGGACAAGUUCAGCCUGGUUCGCAAAAGCCGCUACUUCGAGGAGUACGAGGAGCCACCCCGUCGCCGUUCCUUCAACGGCUCCAAGGCCAUCCCUCAUCAAGUGCGGCCCGUGGAAGACAUCACAGAAUCGGAGCUGCAGAGAAUCUGCCACAACGUGCGGGAGAAAGUCUACAACAGCUCCACUGGAUCCACUUGCCACCAGUGCCGCCAGAAAACAAUCGACACCAAAACCAACUGCCGUAACCCCGAGUGUGUGGGGGUGAGGGGUCAGUUCUGUGGACCCUGUCUCCGUAAUCGCUACGGAGAGGAGGUCCGAGACGCUCUGCUGAAUCCGGAGUGGCAGUGCCCGCCAUGCAGAGGGAUCUGUAACUGCAGCUUCUGUCGGGCACGAGACGGUCGAUGUGCUACAGGAGUGUUGGUUUACCUGGCUAAAUAUCACGGCUUUGAUAAUGUGCACGCCUACCUGAAAAGCCUGAAGAAGGAGCUGGAAGAGGGUAGCGAGUGAAGCAUGGACGAAGGAGCUGAUCCUGGACCUGACUGACGAACUUUGUGACCAUUUUUUUAAAUGCACAGAAAGUCCAAAUACUGUCCCUAGUGUUUCAAACGUUGUAACAACGAUGCUUAUUGUUCCUGUUUGUGAAGUUUCACAUGAUUUUUGAACAUUGAGUGACAUCUGGAGGAGGCGCACACAGCCAGUUUUCUCCAGUAUAAAGCUGUUUUUAUUUUGUUCUCCUACUUCUGUUCUGUCCACAAGAGCUGAGCCUAUUUACACUUGGACUGAUUAUAUGUAAACUGAGGUGGAGCAAAACACAUUGUAGGGAAAAAAACCACCUUAAAUUGUGUGUGAUAGCCCUCUGUGAUCUUAAAUAUUUUAAGAUGAUUGAUGUACAUAUUCCCAUAGCAUGUAAAAAAAACGAAUUAUCCUACCUGCUGCAAACAAUCUGGCUUGUUUAGAUGAUCUACUGUAUUCUACAUUGUUUUAAAUGUAUAUAUUUUACACAGCAUGAAUUGGCCUCUGAGGGAUUUUGUCUUUGUGCCUUUUUUUUUUUCCUAGUUGCAAAUGUAUUCUUGUGUUUUUUACAAGUUACAUAGCUUUUUGUAAAUCUGCUAAAUGUUGAGGGUGGAAGAAACACAACUAAACAAAAUAUUUGCUCUAGUUGGGAUGUCCUGUAGAAAUGGUCGAAUGAUCUGCACGGCACUGAGGUGGUGCAGGUGGAAAGGGCAUAGAGUGGGGGUCCACUGCCUCUCACUUCUAAACCCGAGGUACUGUGUGAUAUACUACAGCGCCUGGUUAAAUAUCCUUCAUUAGAUAACUGUCACUAAUGGUGUGGAAACAAUUAGCACACUCUAAUGGGAAUCUCAUACCUGUAAAUCAUUUUAUCCUGUUAAAGCACAUUCUCGCUCUGCUCCAGUCUCUUUGGCUCAUUUUCUGCCUUACACUGUUAAGUAGGAAUGGUUGAAGGUGCCACUGAAGUGGCAAUAGAGUUAUGGCCUGCAUUUUCUGUUCAGAAGUGUAAUACUCUACACGAAAUGACAUGGAAUUAACCUUUGUGUCGUUCAUCGUUGAAAUGUACUUCAUUCGACCUGCACCAGGACAUACUCUGAUUAUAUGAUACUGUUUCAAAAUAAUCAACGGUUGAGAUUUCUUCUCCAAGGUAAUGGCAGGUGGAGGUUAUCUUACCGCUGCUUGUUUAUCAGGCGCUGCACUCCUAACAGGAGGAGCUACGCUGAGCUGUUGAUGGGGAAUAUCUGCUAUGGUAAUGCUUUGCUUUGUGUUCAUUGGGUUAAACUGUACAUUUUCAUUAAAGCGUUAAUCACUGCAGAA